AUGUCUCGUUUGUUUCGUAUUGCUAUCGAUGGACCAGCCGCAUCUGGCAAGAGCACCACUGCAAAAUUGGUGGCACGUAGACUCAACUUUGGUUACAUUGACUCGGGUGCCAUGUACAGAGCGGUCACACUCAAAUGUUUAGAAAACGGCAUUGACCCCACCCAAAAAAACAACGAUGCCAAGGUAGCUAAAUUAGCUUCCGAAGCCUCCAUUCGAUUCCCUCGCCUCGGAAGUGUCGAACUCGAUGGCAGAGAUGUCAGCAGUCUCAUCCGUUCCUCCGAGAUUGUUCGUGCUAUUGCACCUGUGGCUGCCAAUCCUUCUGUACGAGCAACACUUGCACAACAACAGCGUGAUUUGGCAUCAGGCGCCACAGAAUCUGGUCUAUCUUCAGAAUCUCAACCAAAAGGCGUUGUUAUGGAUGGACGAGAUAUCGGCACGGUUAUUUUGCCUGAUGCAGAGCUCAAAGUAUAUAUAAUUGCUGAUGCCAGAAUAAGAGCUCAGCGUCGGUUCGAUGAGCUGAUGGCUAAACAAGGAACAGCCCCCGGGGAAUCAGUUGAUGAUAUUGCGCGGGAUCUAGCAGCCCGAGACUUGGCCGACCAGACACGUAAGAUCUCCCCUCUUAAGAAAGCAGAGGAUGCUGUGGUACUAGAUACCAGCAAUUGUACAAUUGAGGAGCAAGUGGAUUCCAUUGAACGUUUGGUGCACAGCCGCAUGGGCAGCAAGUAA